AUGGAAGAAAGCACCGAAGGAAGAGCCACAGGAACGGAAUACUUCUAUGAAUACCUCCUGAGCAGAAACUACUUUAAGAAUAUCGUUGUAAAUGGGCUGGGAUAUGGUAGCUUUCUAAGGGAGAGCAUAAGGCGCACGAAAAAGCAGCUCUUUGAGAGGGCAUGGAAGCUGAAGGGAAAGGCAGACUCUGUCUACUAUGGAAACCCACACCACGCGUAUAGGCUGUGGCUAGAGUCCUUGCAGAUAUACAUAUCUUUAGGGGCAGGCGCUGAACGAAAAAACGGGCAGAUUGAAGAGAUCAAUGCAUUUGCAGACUCAAUCAUUCGGUUCAUUCAGCCGGGGCACAUUAUUCCCUUGAAAGUCUUUCUAACUGUAAAAAUAUCACUAGAGUACCACAUAAAUAUGAUACGUGGGCACAUUCAGAAAAUAAAUCACUCCAUCCAGAGUGCAUACAGCAACAAAGUUGUAAUAACUCCGUAUAGUGAACUAGAACAAUUCAUAAAGGAUAGAGUAAAUAGCAUAUACUACGAAUAG